AUGGCUCAGAACGCUCCCGAGAACUACGUGCCGCUCUAUGCUACCCAGGACGAAUGGCAGGAUAAAGAGCUUCAGCAAUUUGCGAUUGACUUCUAUCGCAUCUCGGACAAUCCUGAAGAGAAUCAGCGUUGGGUAGACUCUUUCACGGAAGACGCAAGCGUGCAGAUUGGCGCUGACAAGGCACGCGGCUCAAAAGAUCUAGCCGAAUUCCGAAGUCGGAUGUGGAAGCACAUCAAAGAGCGCAGACACACGGUUCUCAAAGUCUUUCCUGGGCGAUUCUCCGACUCAAAUGAGUGCAUGAUUUUGGGAGAAGUCAGCGUUACCACGACAGAUGGACGGCUCAAAGAGGCUCUUGGUCGGCACAUGCAGUCGUCAGGAAGGUUGAUGGACAGUGGAAGUUUAGCCAAUACCGCGUCUGGCUGCAGACUGAUGGACAUCUGCUGUGAAAGCCAUGCCCUACAAAGAUGA